AUGCCAGCCCGAAAGCAGUGGGACGAAGAGGACAGCGACUCCAGCACUCCUCCUUCAUCUCCUCCUGUCACUGCCGCGCGUCGACGCCAGUUUGACGAUGAAGAAGACGAUAGCGAUGUCCUUGAAUCCUGGGAUGCUGCUGAGGAUUCCGAGGUAGAACGCGAGAAGGAACGCAAGGCUGCCGAAGCCAAGGCCAAGGUCGCCGCAGAAGCCGCCGCGAAUAAGAAGUCCAAGGCCCAGCGCAUCGCUGAGCAUCAGGCCGGUCGGGCUCGUCAACGCGCCGAGGAUGACGAAGAAAGUGAAGACGACGAGACCGAAGCCGAGCGCCGCGAAAGACUUCGUCGCACAGAGCAGGAGGCUGAUUUGCGCCAUGCUGAGGACCUCUUCGGCGGCGUAGGCAUCAGCAGUGGUCGCAAGGCACCGACCAUCGGUGCCGCGAUCAUCGUCGACGAGCAGGACCCUACCAAGACUGUAAACCUCGCUUCUCUGCCACUUUUCAAUCCUCAGACCAAGAAACAGUUCGAGCUUCUGCGAACAACGCUUGCACCGAUAGUCAAUGGAAAUACCAAGAAGGCUCACUAUGGAUUGUUCUUGGAAGAGUUUGCCAAAGAUUUAGCCAAGGAACUCUCAAGCGAUCAAGUGAAAAAGGUUGCCAGUGCACUUACUCGCCUUAGCAAUGAGAAGAUGAAGGAAGAAAAGGCUUCUGAUAAAACUGGCAAGAAGACCAAGGCCGCCAAGACCAAGACCUCACUUGUCACCAACCGUGCCAACGCCACGGAUGUAUCAACAUACGACGAGGACGCGUUUGGGGAUGAUGAUUUCAUGUGA